AUGGCCGAUGCACACGAAGGAAAGGUGUUUAGCACCCACGGUUGCGAUUCGCACCCAAAAAUCCACCAUGCCAGGCCCAUUGUGCAAAUUGGUUUAUGGCGAAGAGGGCCAUGUAUCGAAAAGACCAGGACCGCAUUGUCCAGCACCCAACAAAAGGAUGUCGUCGAGCACCGCGAGCACGUCCUCUUGCAGAGGGAGGCGUACAAGGCCCGCGACACAGUCACGAUUGCGGCGCAGGACAGAGAGUACCAACAGCGCAACCGUGAUCGCAUCAACGCGUACUAG